UUAAGCACUCAGCUAUUCAACCCCACCUGCUUCUUCAAGGGAGAAAGAUGUGGCAGUCUGGUUUCAAAGAGGUUACCAUAUGGGGCAGCUCUUCUCUGUCCUAUAGGGUCUCUGUGUGUCUGAAUCGACUUGAUGGUAACUAGUUUUUUUUUUUUUUAGGUUUUCCCAAGAGGUUUCUCUGAAAUAGUCAAGUGGGGCCUGGCUUCCAGAGUGGUUAAAAUACUUGUGGUAUUUCUAAUCUCCAGCCAGCAUUUAGCACCAAGACUCUGGGUCAUCCAUUUCUGAGGAUGAGACCAGACCACUUCUAGGCGGAGCUUAGGGGGCUCUGGUCUGUAUGAGGUGUGGUGUCAGGGUUGGUCUGUGACCUGGAAGGGAGGGUCUGUGCAGCCUAGAUCCCCCUGCUGCAGUGGAGAGUGGGCUUCACCAGGAGUGGUGGGCUGUAAACUCACCUGUUGUUCUCUGUGUAGGAGAUGAUCAUCUCUGAGUCCCUCGUGGGACAGUGGGCGGCAGGGAGCGUCAUUCCCCAAGUGAGGUCCUCUGUGUGUAUGUGGUUGUGGCACAGGAGGGGGCUGUGUUCAUUCUAAGCAUUUACCAGCAUGUUUUCCCCACUCAGGAUUAACUUCUUAAGAGUGAUCUUGCCUGAGAAUGAAGCUGAGAGGAAGAAGAAAAAAGGAGGCGUCCAGAAUGGCUCUUUCCCGGGGACUGUUGACGUUCAGGGAUGUGGCCAUAGAAUUCUCUCAGGAGGAGUGGGAAUGUCUGAACCCAGCUCAGAGGACCUUGUACAGAGAUGUGAUGUUGGAGAACUACAGGAACCUGGUCUUCCUGGGCAAAAAACCUUACAGAUGUAAUGAGUGUGGAAAAGUCUUUAGCAAAUCCUCAAACCUCACUAAUCAUCAGAGAAUUCAUUCUAGAGAGAGGCCUUACAAGUGUAAUAAGUAUGGCAAAACCUUUAAGCAAUGCUCAAAUCUCACUAGACAUCAGAAUAUACAUCCUGGAGAGAAACCACACAACUGUAAUAUAUGUAACAAGGCAUUUGCCCAGAGUUUAAGUCCUGUGGAACAUCAAAAAAUUGAUACUGGAGAAAAACCUUACAAAUGUGCUAAAUGUGGUAAGGCUUUUACCAAACAUUGUUACCUCCAGGACCAUGAGAGAAUUCAUACUGGAGAGAAACCUUACAAAUGCAAUGUAUGUGGCAAAGCCUUUACUGAGCAUUCAAACCUUAGUAAACAUAAGAGAAUCCAUACUGGAGAGAAACCCUACAAAUGUGAUGAAUGUGGUAAAGCUUUUACCCGAUUUGCAAACCUUACUAGACAUCAGAAUGUACAUCCUGGAGAGAAGCCACACAAAUGUAAUAUAUGUGACAAAUCAUUUACCCAGAGUUCAGGUCUUGUGGAACAUCAAAGAAUUCAUACUGGCGAAAGACCUUACAGAUGUGCUGAAUGUGGUAAGGCUUUUUUCGAACAUUAUCACCUCAAGCGCCAUGAGAGAAUUCAUACUGGAGAGAAACCUUAUAAAUGCAAUGAAUGUGGCAGAGCCUUUAUCAAGAAUUCAGACCUUACUCAACAUAAGAAAAUCCAUACUGGAGAGAAACCCUACAAAUGUGCUAACUGUGGUAAGGCUUUUAUCAAACGUUGUUAUCUCCAGGACCAUGAGAGAACUCAUACUGGAGAGAAACCUUACAAAUGCAAUGAAUGUGGCAAAGCCUUUACUGAGUGUUCAAACCUUACUAAACAUAAGAAAAUCCACACUGGAGAGAAACCCUAUAAAUGUAAUGAAUGUGGUAAAGCUUUUACUCAAUUGGGAAACCUUACCAAACAUCAGCAUAUACAUUCUGGAGAGAAACCGUACAAGUGCAAUGUAUGUGACAAGGCAUUUAUUCAGAAUGCAAGUCUUGUGGAACAUCAAAGAAUUCAUACUGGUGAAAGACCUUACAGAUGUGCCAAAUGUGGUAAGGCAUUUAUGAGACGUUGUCUCCUUCGGUGCCAUGAGAGAAUUCAUACUGGAGAGAAGCCUUACAAAUGCAAUGAAUGUGAAUGUGCCUUUACCAAGAAUUCAGACCUUACUCAACAUCGUAAAAUCCAUACUGGGGAGAAACCCUACAAAUGUAAUGAAUGUGGCAAAGUUUUUGCCCAAUUUUCAAACCUUACUAGACAUCAGAGAAUACAUAACUGAAAAGAAAUACCAUAAACCUAAUAUGUUUGGGAGUGCUUUUAUUCAGAGCUCGAGCUUUGGGGAUCAUUAGAGAAUUCAUACUGGAGAGAAACAUAUAAUGAAUGCUGCUAAUCGAUUAAGUGUGUUAAAACCUUAUUUGAUACCAGAAAAUCCACAAUGGAGAGAAACCAUAUAAAACUAGUAUUUGUGGCAAAGUAUUUAACCAGGGCUUAAACCUCGCUAGACAUCAGAAUAUGUAUGUUUUGAGAGAA